CCCACCGGCGCGCGAGAAAUGAACAGCGUACUAGCGUCGCUCUAGUUCAGUGACAGUUGGAACGAAGUCCCGAUUUUUAUUCAUUUCAUUGACCUUUUAAUUUCAUAAAUAAUCUUCUCCUCUGGCUUAUUAUCAUAGUUGCUACGAUGGGAUGCCACCGCUGGUUCUUCCGCUCCUCGAAAAAAGGGUUUCAUAUCAUCCCGUGGCUUCUGCAGGCUCUUCUUCUGCAGUUGGUGGACACCAGUCUUACCCUGGAAUGUGAGAAAGGCAUGGUGCCCAAAGAGAAUCGAUGUGUCCCCUGUAAUGCACAUUACUACUGGGUGAUGAAGCAGGGCCAGCCUACCUGCGAGCCAUGCACCCGCACUUGCUCAGACGGGCCAUACAGGAUUGAGAUCCAGCCCUGCAGCAAGUUUGUCAACAGAGAGUGUCACUGUAUCCAGGGGACAUUCUGCAUCAGCAACAGUCAGUACAGCUGCCGGAGAUGCGAGCUGUGCAAAUCCGGAACCUUUACAAACGUCACCUCCCGUGUCAAGGCCAACGGCUGCAUGCCGCACACAAACUGCACAGAACUAGGGAUGUUCACGAUUAGAGAGGGUACUAACACCUCUGACAGUGUUUGCGGCAUCGAGACCACCCACCCAUCUACCACUGCAAGCAAAAGUCCAACUAAUGUCCCACAGGACAUCCCUGAAAACAGCACUCCUGAUACCAUGAGAUGGAGAUCUUCCAGUUUUGUAGACACUACCCUUACAAACACACAGGGCACCCAACCCUCUCCAGGCAGAUUGACGGAUCCGAACUAUACCCAUUACUUCUGGCUGCUACUCUUGCUGCUGUUUUCUGCACUACUGCUACUUUUCUUCAAGCGGAUAGGCGCCAAGCGGGUGCACCAGUAUUGGCGACAUUCACUUUCAAAAUAUCAGGUGAAGGAUGAGCUGGGCCCAAAGGAGGAGCUUGGUGGGGGCCCGCAGCAGGUCACCGUGGGCCACAGUGGGGGCAGAGAUGGCGUCAAUAAUACCGUGGGAACGAUACACAUCUAUAACCCGGGGACGGUGGUCCUGGGGUCCAACUCAGCAGUACAGAGGGAGGAGAAUGGAACAGCCGAGGAGGUGCAGCCUCUCGUCGGCACCCCACAGCAGGAAUCUCUGACAGGGGCCCGGGUGCCUGACAGCACUGAAAUUGGGUCUGAGGAGAGCGGCACGUCAAGGCCCCCCGUGGUGGAAUGUACAGAGAAUGAGUUCCAAAAGGAGCUGAGCUACCCCAUUCCUGCCACAGGCAAAUGAUAAGCACACUGGGAGCUGGGGUAAGGAUGGAAGUGGGGGAGCGUCCCAAACCCAGAGGCUGGGACUGGAAUGGAGAGCAUGAGAGAAGAUCAAAAUGGAGAUCCAUGACCUUUAAACCAUGCUAAAAUUCUUCCUCAGCAGAAGUGCCUAAGGAACGACUCACUGGAUAUUAGGAAGUUUGUUUUUUCUUUUCUUUUUUUUUUUCAAUUCAAUUGUUUGUCUGCUUCAUUAGUAAAUAAUGAUACAGAAGCUUUGCACACUGAGGGCAUGAAAUCCACAGGAACGGUACCAAAGAAGUAUGAGUCUGCUCUGUGUUCAGGGGAAAUUACUCAUGUGAGGCAAUAUACAGUGUAAAGGAAAUGGAAAUGACAGCGACCUUAGUAGGAAAGGCAAGGCAUCCUGAUGACCCAGUGUCGUCCUAUUUCUUUUUGUGACAUAUUUUUUCGGGGGGGGGGGGGUCACAACUCUGGUCAGUUUUGUUUUAAUAAGUCACUGUCCUCACCGACCUGCCAUGCCAUUCCUUCUGACACAAGCGCCCUGGUAACUACCCAUCAAUCAACGUGUAAGGGGGUUUCUGUGGCCCAGUUAAAAAUCCCCACAAGUACACAUGGGCACCGCUUUGAAUGCAGCUGAAAGGUCAGCUUUUAUCCAGCAGAGAUAUUCUCUUACACAAUGUCAUGCCCAGGACAAAUGCCAUUCUUUGUUUAAUCACCAUAAAGACUCUUGUGGGUACACAAUUUGUGGUUUGACCACAACAGAAUUGGGAUUUGAAGGAGAAUCCUCUGCAUGACUGUGGACCAUCCACUCUGUUUUUCUGCGUUCAUUGCAGGAUGGUAUGCUGUGCAAUCUGAAGGUCGCAACUUCACACGCCUACGUGCAUGUUCCUGUAUGUAUGAGGAAGUCAUGCUAUGAACUCUAAUGCCAAAAAUGCUGUUUUGGUGCCAAUUUUUUCUGACUGAUUUUUUUUACUGAGCUGGAUCACUUCAAGAUCAAGGCAAAUGCUGCCACCAAUAGGCAAUUGGUGAUGGAUGGAUGGAUGGAUGGAUGGAUGGAUGGAUGACACUUCAUGGCAAUGUCCAUGUGCUUUUUUAUUUAUCAGGGUGUACUGUCCUUUUUGAGGAUAUUUACUCCUACUAUUUACCCACAAGGUGAGGGAAGCUCAUGUGAUAGCUUGGUGGGUUUUAGUACAGAAUUUCCCACUGGGAUUAAUGAAGUCCAUCUUAAUUUCAAUCUUAAUCUUGAUGUAGGAUCUAAGAAGGGGGUGAGAACUGGAGCCAGGAAAGACUGCAAGAGAGAUUAUCAGAGUGAAGGACUGAAAAAGAGUUUUACACCCAUCCCCUAGUACUGUUAUGUCUUUUUAUAUUAAUUUAUCUUUCCUCCAUCUUUUAUUGUAUAUUUUAACUGCUGUAUUUUUCUUUUCCAUAUUUUGGUUUAAGAUGAAUUGUCCACUAUUGUCAUCAGUUUUGUUUUAAGGUUCAGAGAACGAUGCUGUCGGGUUGCCUGUUUCCACGAAGGCUGUGUGUCAGUCACAUGGACCAGGUGGGACCCAGCCCCGCCUCGUGCCGCUGACUGCCACACCACAUCUCACUGCCUGUCCCUAUGCAGGGCACCAAGUGUCAAGUGCUCGUUUCCAUGCACAAAAUACAUUCUGUGCCACAAAAAAGCAUUAUUUCAUGACGAAAUCAAGUAAUGCCUUGCUGCGUUUUGUCCACAGAAAGACAAACUGCAGUUACAUCUUAUCCACGAAAACAUAAAGACUUGGCUUAUUUUCAUGCACAGAAUUGAUAUCAGCACUUUGCAUUUCGUGGACAGAAAUACAUUUCUUGAAUAAUACACAGUCAUUUCGUGGACAAAAUGCAUUUUGUGAAUUAAAGAAAGUCAUUUUGUGGACAGAAUUGUAUUUUGUAUGCAGGGGCAUUGCUAGAGAUUUUCGGCCCCAUGAAAGCAUAUCAUAUUGGGCCCCCCAGUC